AUGCACAACGCACCCAACUUCAUAUUUCACAGCUAUAGAAAACUAGAAACUGAAGGAAUAAAAUAUUUGCUCCUUUGUUGUUCACCCAGCCAUGUCUGAGUCAGAAGCCAAACCAGAGAGGAGAAUACUAAAAAACCCAGCACUUCUCAAGUACAUCUUCGAAACAAGCUGUUUUCCAAGAGAACAUGAGCAACUGAAGCAACUAAGGGAGGCCACUGUCGAGAAAUAUCCCUUCUGGAGUCUUAUGAAUGUGCCCGUCGACGAAAGCCUGCUUCUCUCGAUGCUUCUGAAGGUGAUGAAUGCGAAGAAGACGUUGGAGCUUGGUGUCUUCACUGGUUAUUCUCUUCUCACUACUGCUCUUGCACUACCUGCUGAUGGCAAAAUAACGGCAAUCGAUGUAGAUAAAGAAGCCUAUGAGGUUGGAUUGCCAUUUAUUCAAAAGGCUGGGGUGGAAAAUAAGAUUAACUUCUGCCAGUCAGAUGCCUUCACAGUUCUAAAUGAUCUCAUUACCAAAGGAAAGGAAGAAGGGAGCUUUGAUUUCGCAUUUGUGGAUGCCGACAAGGACUCCUACAUGGAAUAUCACAAGUUGCUGAUGAAGCUUGUGAAGGUUGGAGGAAUCAUAGCUUAUGAUAACACAUUGUGGUUUGGGACAGUGGCGGAGCCUGAGGAGAAUGUGGAAAAUUUUGCAAAGCAAAGCAGAAAACAUUUGCUGGAACUCAACAGCUUUCUCGCGGCGGAUGACCGUGUCGAGCUAGCUGUUGUUUCCAUCGGAGAUGGACUCACCCUCUGCAGACGUCUCUCUUAACUUGCCCGCAAGAAACAACUCCCAUGUUGAAGUUGUCUAAGAAUAAAUAAGACAGUUUUAUCUGUGAUUUGAACCGUUUAAUGUUGGGAGAUUUGCUAUUCCAAAUUUUAAAGAUAAAUUAAGAUGGGUUUUAUUUUAUUUUGAUUUUUAAGAAAGUUUUUGUUUUUGUUUUUGUUUUUUUUUUAAACAAGAAAGUCUGUGUUAAUUAAACUUGGGAAAUGCUUGUGAUUUGUUGCUGGCCACCUACUCGGGAUGCGGCCCUAGUGGGUUAUGGCGUGUUUAAUGUGACCUUAACACGAGGUUAUAAUAAAUUAAGGGGUUUUUAAUUUUAA